AGAACUAUGGACACAGUCCAAGCGAUCAUCCAGCAACAAAUCGAAGCCGGAACAUUUCUGCAAUCUGUUCAGCAAGGGCAGCAGACUCAGCAGGAUCAAGCUAAUUAUGGAGAGGAAGAAGAGUAUGAGGACGAGGAGGGAACUUAUAAAGGAAAACGGAGCAACACACUUCCGGUAUGGGGAAAUAAGGUUACAAUGAACCUAAACACUUUGGUACUGGAAAACAUACGCGAGAGCUACUAUUACAAGAAUAAUCUCGUCGAAAUCGACAAUUUUCAGACGCUAAUUGAGCAGAUUUUCUAUCAGGUGAAGCACCUCGAACCAUGGGAGAAAGGAACUCGUCGGCUUCAAGGAAUGACUGGAAUGUGUGGAGGAGUCCGUGGAGUUGGAGCUGGAGGUGUCGUCAGUUCAGCCUACUGCCUUCUCUACAGACUAUUCAAUUUGAAAAUCUCGAGAAAACAGCUGAUUAGUAUGCUCAAUAGCAGACAAUCGGUUUAUAUUCGAGGCCUCGGCUUCAUGUACAUUCGUUACACCCAACCACCAGCUGACCUCUGGUAUUGGCUGGAACCCUAUUUGGAUGAUGAUCGGGAAAUCGAUCCGAGAUCUGGUGGAGGUGAUCUAAUGACUUUUGGGCAGCUCGUUCGGACAAUGAUCAAUAAAUUGGAUUGGUACGGUACUCUAUUCCCAAGAAUUCCGGUUCCAAUUCAAAAAGAUAUUGAUGAGAAAUUUUCGGAACGAAAGAAGCAACAAUUAUUGGAAGAAGAAGAAUGGAAUGGUGCAGAGAAUUCAAUGAAAGGAGCUGAAGAAGAGGAGAAAAAAGAAGAAAAAUCAUUGCCAAAAGUAUCGAAAUGCAAGCAUCAUUUGAGACAUCAUCACUGUAGAAAACACCGAAAAAAUUGCCCGGCUAAAGCGAAAAGAUUACGCGAGGAGAAGGAAAAGCAACAACAAAACGACGUGGAAAUGGGAGAAACUAGUUCGAAAACCAACUGAAAUCAGAUCACUCAACUUCCUCUUCUCAACGUCAACUUCGACUCGGCUAAUUAUAAUUUUAUUUAUUUUUCUGAUUUUUUUAAAAUUCUUGUUUUUUCUCAAAUUUCCAAUUUCAACAUCAUCUUAUUUUCAAAUAAAAAUAUUUAUUUUG